UGGGGGAAACCAUUCCCGACGGGGAAACGAAGUUCGACACAACACUUGCGUUGUCAAGGUUUAUCUGUUAAUCUCAUUGGAAUCAAAAAUCCAUUUUAAAGGGAAUGAACACAAAUGAAUGCGAAACUAUUUAUUAUACGGCCAAUAUUAUAAAACAGGUCAUAUUGAAUAGGCACGAAUAUACAUGUAUCCUGACAUUAUAUUCCUAAUGUACUUUAAGUGACUAUAUGUUAAUAUUUUCAGUUAUUAUAUUAUUAUUAUUAUAUAUUUAUAUGGGAGCCAUCACAGUAGUCUUCUUCUUCUUCUUGAUUUUAAUGGCGGUUGGCAAACCACUAAAGGUGCAUCACCGCCACCUAAUGGACUGGAGUGUGGACAGUAGAUUGGCAGGAAAAAAUUACAUAAUAAAAAAUAAUAAUAAUAGUAAAAUAAUAAUAAUAAUAAUAAUACUAAAAUUAAAUAUAAAAAAAAACACUAAUAAUAAUAAUGCCAAAACAAUACUGCAUAAAUAAAAGAAAAUAAAGAGAUAAAUAGCUAUAUACUAGAUAUUCGUACUAUAGAUUACUAAAUUCUCUCACUUAUACCAGUGCUUUUUAAAUAGUUCAUUAGGGGGCGGUGCAUUUCCCCAGAUGUUCACUGUAUUGUCAAACAGUCAAACUGAUUAUGGAAAAUACGUCACUUGUACGUCACUUCCACGUCAGUCCAUACGCAUGCGCUUGGUGCAGUAUUUGACUUGAACAUUUACUGUCAUGACACUGGCACCGCUCCCAACGUCAACGAAUACUACUCGAGAAGAAGAAGUCGACGGAUGUGACGCAAUUAUUUUGAACGUCUACCGCGCUGAAAGUCUUUAAGUCAAGUGUAUUUUUGAACUUGGAUUACUUUAACACAAUCUUUGUGCGGCACUAUGAAGAGAGUGGACAGAGCUCCAGUUAAAGAUACAGCUAUUCCCACACAUCCUAAUUUAGCAUCUAAGAAAGCAAACGUUAAGACUGACCCUGAGACUAUGAUCAGGAAGAACCCAGCAAAAAGUCUCAAAGGGCCCUCAGUGAGAUAUGGCCUCCAAAGUGAUGUAAAGGAACAAAAUCGUCUUUUGCUGGUAGCGAAUGAAGAUUUGCUGAAACAGAUUUCAGAGUUGAAGGAAAAUGUGUCUGUAUUAGAACAACGCUGCAGCGAUCUUCAAGAAAACAACAGUGAAAUUAAGAAACAGCUCAGAGACUGUCAUGUACUUCUCAUUGUAGAAAACCUUGAUCCAGUUUCAGGGGAGAAAGUUGGUGAAGCAGCAGAACAGCAGGCAGGACAAAGAAAAGAACUCAUGACCAUUUCCCAAAAACUGUUGAGUGAGCUGAAGCUGUUUGAUGAUUUUACAAAAGAGCACAGAACACAUUUAACAGAGGUGCAGAACACCAUGAGAAGUCUUAAAGGAGCCAGAGAAACGCUUCACCUGGAAAGGGAAUCAUUUUGCACGUACGCUGAGAACGUGGAGAGAGCGCUAGAGGAUGCAGAGAGGCUGUUGAUAGAAUAAAAACACAGUCUUUUGUUUUGGUUAUUUCAAGAAUCAAGAAAUUUUGUGGGCUAUGGUUACUGGUUUCUUUUUAAAUAGUAAAAGAAAAUAGAUUAGGCUUGUCUUAGUCAUAGUAUCUCAGUAUCUCACUAAACUUGUAUCCAUCCCUCCCAACACCUCCCCCUCAAUAAAUAAACAAAUAAAUGUU